UUUCAGAAUUACAGAUUCAAUUAUAAUGAAGAUUUUCUUGACGCAUUCACUCAUUCAAUUUAUAAUUUCAUUAAGUUUUGUAUUAAUUUGUGUUGCCGUAGAUAGAAGCAAUUUUAAAACUUGUGAACAUGCUGCAUUUUGCAAACGUCACAGGGCAAAAGCCAACAAUCCAGUUUACAAUAUACAACCAGAUUCAAUCAAAGCAAAUGAUUCGGCUGUUGAGGCUGUUCUCGAAAGUUCUGUGAAUAAACUUAAAUUAAUUCUGGCGCUACUUGAGGAUGGGAAAGUUCGGAUGGUUAUUGAUGAGAUCGAUCCAAUUCGACAACGUUUCCACCCGACUAUAGCAUUGGAUGGGGAGCCUAAACAACAAAAAUUUUCUAAUUUUGAACAUUCUGGCACUUCUGCAUCUUUUAUUGCUAAUUUUGGAGAAAAGAAUAGCUAUAAAAUUGUCGUUGAAUAUACUCCUUUUCGUGUCAAUAUUUUCACUGAUGACAAGCUUAUAUUAUCUGUAAAUUCAAGACAACUCUUAAAAUUUGAGCAUUAUCGGAAUAAAGUUGGAGACGGUGCCGAAGACGGGGAAGGAUUUUGGGAGGAGACUUUUAAAGGGCAUACAGACACAAAACCUUUUGGAUCAAGUUCUAUUGGAUUGGACGUUUCUUUUAUUGGAUAUAAAUUUCUUUAUGGCCUCCCCGAACAUUCAGAAUCAUUUACACUUAAAUCGACAACGUAUACUGACCCAUAUCGCCUCUAUAAUUUGGACGUUUUUGAGUAUGAACUUGAAAACGGGAUGGCUCUAUAUGGAAGUAUACCCUUUGCUAUUGCUCAUGGCAAAGCAAGAACAGCUGGUGUUCUUUGGCUGAAUGCUGCUGAAACUUGGGUAGACGUUAAUCUUGCUACGGAUAAAACUGGUGUUCUUGAUUUAUUCCUCAUGCUUGGACCUAGACCAAAAGAUGUAUUCCGUCAAAAUGCUCAAUUAACUGGAGUUUUUCCACUUCCACCACUUUUUGCAAUUGCUUAUCACCAAUGCCGAUGGAAUUAUAAUGACAGGGCAGACUUGCUUGGUGUACAUUCUUCCUUUGACGAACAUGACAUUCCUCUAGAUGUUCUCUGGCUUGAUAUUGAACACACUGACGCAAAAAAAUAUUUUACUUGGGAUCCAGUCAAGUUUAGCAAUUCUCUUGAAAUGAUUAAAGAGUUGGAAGCUAAGAAUCGCACUUUGGUCACAGUAAUUGAUCCGCAUAUAAAAAUUGAUGAUGGUUAUUUUGUUUACAAUGAGGCAAAAGCCAACAAUUUUUUUGUCAAAAAAUCUGACGGUACUUCUGAUUAUGAAGGUCAUUGUUGGCCUGGCGCGUCAAUGUGGCUUGAUUUUGUAAAUCCUUCGGUUCGCGAAUUUUGGGCUGGAAAAUUUCCUGUUGAUCAAUAUCAAGGAACUACAGAAAGAACAUAUACUUGGAACGAUAUGAACGAGCCGAGUGUUUUUAGUGGACCCGAAAUUACAAUGCACAAGGAUGCUCGUCAUUUUGAUGGUUUGGAACAUCGAGAAGUUCACAACAUUUAUGGAUUUUUUCAAUCAAUGGCAACAUUUAACGGUCAACUGCUUCGAUCCAACAGGCGCCUCCGCACCUUUCUUCUUGUCCGAUCAUUUUUUGUAGGCAGCCAACGAUAUGCUACUGUUUGGACUGGCGAUAAUUUUGCUGAAUGGUCACACUUGAAACAGUCAAUUCCAAUGCUUCUUUCCAUUUCUGUUUCUGGCAUUCCUUCAGUUGGGGCUGAUGUUGGAGGCUUCUUCAAAGAUCCUGAUGGACAAUUGAUUACUCGUUGGUAUCAAGCUGGAGCCUUUCAGCCAUUCUUCAGGGCUCACGGACAUAUUGAGACUAAAAGAAGAGAACCUUGGUUGUUUUCAGAACGUGAGAACAAUGCUUUACGCGAGGCUGUUAUCAGGCGUUAUAUUCUUCUUCCUUACUGGUAUACUCUGUUUUACGAGCAUACGAAAACAGGCGUUCCUCCAAUGCGUCCAGUUUGGUCAGAAUUUCCAGAGGACGAGGCUGCUUUUGAUGAGGAACGUGAAUGGAUGGUUGGCUCAGGAAUUCUUGUACGCCCUGUCGUUGAACCAGAUGUUCAACAUGUUUCGCUUUACUUACCCGGAAUUGGUCAAACUUGGUUUGAUUGGGACACGCAUAAAAUGUAUCUUUCACCUGGCGCCAUUUAUACUGAUACUCCACUUGAAAAGAUUCCUGUUUACCAACGAGGAGGCACUAUAAUACCUGUUCGGGAACGUCAACGCCGUGCUUCUAUGCUUCAACGUAAUGACCCAAUAACCUUAUAUAUUGCCUCUGAAUUGGAUAGAGAAUUUGCAAAUGGUACAAUUUACAUGGAUGAUGGGGAAUCACAUAACUAUAAGGACAAAAAUGAAUAUUUAUAUUGGGGUUUUGUUUACAAAAAGGCGAGUGAAUACAAUUAUGCAAUAAUGUCAAAAAAUUUGGAUAAAAAUGGCAAAUUUGAUCCCGAUGUGUGGGUUGAACGUAUUAUCAUUCGUGGUGUUCGUUACUACCCUAGAGCAGUUCACAUGUAUUACGAAGAUUAUAACCCUGAAGAUUUGGAAUACACACAUGACCGUGACCAACGUUUAAUUGUUAUUCGAAAACCGGGCGUUUACAUCUCGCGUGAAUGGCGAAUCGAUAUUCAUGUUUAA